AUGUCGUCAGCAUACCGUCCUUCUUCGUGGCUGGUCGCAUUUUCCAAAAACAAGGAAUAUUGCGACCCGCGCUCAUUUGAAGUCCACCGGACCGUCGACAACGCGUUUCCCAUUCAGCCAAAUCAUAACGCCCCGGGCGCCGUCUCCGAGUGGAAUCGGGCAACAGCAAAGUCUAUGUCAAUAACGGGCUUUGACCCGCUGCCCUCCGACCCAGUCGACGAUUCAGACAGCAAAACAACCAGAGAGCGAUUUUACGAGCGAUGUCCGUCCUCCGACCAGGAGUUCGAACCUCUUCAAUUGGAGGCCAUUCCCCCACUGCCCGUAAAGUGCCCGGACAAUUCUCUGUUCAGCCUGCGGACUCAAAUCCAACAGAACUCCGUUCUUUAUUACGACAUACCCUCGCUCGCCCAAGAGCAGUCUCAAACACGCUCGAGUAUCUCAAGCGACUCGACUACUCAAGAGACGCAAUAUUGCAAUUUUGGCAAGUUUCAGGACACUUCAUUCCCGGCGCACGUUGGAAAUGGGCUUUCUUCCCAAGUUGGUCCGGUCGCCGACUCGUUCGAUGCGUCCUCGGACGGUACCCUCGUGGAAAAGACGGGGGUGGGGAAAUUCAUUGCGAAGGUUGUGAAGAAGACUGCAGGUGCCAAAAAAUUGUGUUUAAGGGCACGGAGCAGGCAGCAUGAUCAAAGCGCUCUGUAA